AAUGAUUUUCCGUCCAAUCAAUAAAUCGAGAGUUCGCAAUUAUUAUCCUCUUUUAUUUAAAAAAAACAUAAAAAAGGCAUAACCCCAUGUUUAUAUAUAUAUUGAGUCGCCAUCAAAGAGCUAAAAACCCCCCAAAUUCUUGUCCGAGUUUUUCACUCUUGAAUUUGAGCAGCAAACGCAAACACACACAGAAACAAUGCACUCUUUUAUGCAGAGAGCUAAUGUUUUACUAACGUUCGCCAUCACCCUCCUCGCGCUAAUGUGCGCCAUGGCCUCCGUCUCCGACAACUUCAAUUCUCUCUCUCCUCACGCCCAAGUUCAAGUCGUGAAUAUCAAUUGGUUUCAGAAGAAACCUGCUGGCGAUGACGAGGUUAGCUUGUCACUGAAUAUAUCGGCAAAUUUAGAGUCAUUGUUCACGUGGAACACAAAGCAGGUGUUUGUAUUUCUUGCUGCGGAGUAUGGAAACUCAAAAAAUGCUUUUAAUCAGAUUUCCCUAUGGGACGGUAUCAUACCUUCCAGAGAACACGCAAAGUUUUGGAUUCAAGCAUCUAACAAAUAUCGGUUUGUUGAUCAAGGGAGCAAUCUGCGGGGUAAGGAGUUUAACUUAACGUUGCAUUGGCAUGUGAUGCCGAAGACGGGCAAGAUGUUUGCUGACAAAAUAGUGAUGAGCGGCUACCGAUUGCCACAAGCAUAUAGGUAGACAAGUAUUGGCUUACUAACUAAUAGAUGAUUAUUGCGUCUGUUUUACUUUUGGAAAGAAAAACCAUAAAGAUAUGAUGUUGAUUUUUGAAGAAAAAAAAAUACUACUAUGAGUUAUGUAUGCUAUAUAACUAUACACUGAUCACUAACAGACUUCACGUGUUUGGUGUAGUUUGUCAUAUGUUAGUAUAUAGAAUGUCAUUUAUCUA